AAUUUCAUUUUCAGCUUCACUUUACUGGAACUGUGAAUAUGCAUUAAAAACGGUUAGUUGAAAAGCGUUCUUGUUGUUUUAACAGUUUGCUCACUGACAGUAUCAUUCCGCUGACCAUGGGUUACUAAGCAACAACUAACAUAUGAUUGGUCGUGUUCGGAAGAAGAUUUUGACAUCAUUAUUGCUAAUGAAAUAAAUUAAAUACAUAAAUAUUAUUUCCAUACAUUUAAUUAUCUUUGCCGCAAGAUGGCGGUCAAACGCAAUACCCAAUGCCAAAUAAAGCAAAAAAGCAUUCGCAGAGUUGCCAUCCACCAUGCUAAGAUAAAGGCGCAGAACUGUGUUCUGAAGAUGCUAAAGCGACUGGACAAGAUAAGGUUCAGAGGACCGAAGCGUGAUGAGUUCCUGGACAUCGCAGAGUCGCCCAACGCGUCGGACAGUGAAUGCAAUGACGAGCUCUUGAUAAAACCUCCAGCCUCCGUUAAAGAUGGAGAGGAUAUACGGGAUUCAGCUGGUCCAGGGUCUGUCGUCAUGGCUGCUUCUAUCCAGGACUACCAGAGGACAGAGGCAGACAGGCUCAAUGAGGUCAAGGGUCACCUUGAAAUCGCCUUAUUGGAGAAACAUUUCCUUCAGGAAGAGUUGAGGAAACUUCGAGAGGAGAUGAACAUUGAGACACUGAAGCAGGAGCUUGAGAAAGAGAGGUUGAAAAGACUUGAUCUUGAACAGAAAAUGAAUGAAAUCCUAAAGACCAGACCAGAGGACUCCCCACCCCCUCCUUCCAAAGCUCAUGGUCCUGCUGUCAAUGGAACAGGUGAAAAGCAGAAGGAGUCUGUGAGCUCGAAGCUUUGGAAGUGGCUGUAUGAGCGCUUUGGUGUGUACAUGGAGGACUUCCGCUUCCAGCCUGAAGAGAACAUGGUGGAGACGGAGGAGCCACUCAGCGCUAAAAGAUUAACUGAAAAUAUGAGACGACUCAAACGAGGGGCUAAGCCUGUCACUAACUUCAUGAGGAACCUUUCUGCCUUAUCCAGCUGGCACUCUGUCUACACAUCAGCCAUCGCCUUCAUUCUCUAUAUGUAUGCUGUGUGGCAUGGCUGGGCAAUUCCUAUGUUUCUCUUCUUGGCUAUUCUCCGUCUGUCCUUAAAUUACCUCAUAGCAAAAGGCUGGAGGAUACAGUGGAGUAUUGUGCCUGAGGUGUCUGAGCCAGUGGAGCCUCCAAAAGAAGACUUGACUGUCUCCGAGAAGUUCCAGUUAGUGCUGGAUGUGGCACAAAAAGCUCAGAACCUGUUUGGAAAGAUGUCAGAUGUUUUGGAGAAAAUCAAAAACCUGUUCAUGUGGGUGCAGCCUGAAAUCACUCAGAAGUUGUACGUUGGUCUGUGGGUGGCGUUCAUUGCUUCCGGCCUGCUGCCAUACAAACUCUUGGGCUUCAUAAUUGGCCUCUAUGCCGGAAUCAAGUUCUUCAUCAUUGACUUUAUCUUCAAGAGCUGUCCCAAACUUAGGGACAAAUAUGACACACCGUACAUUGUAUGGAAAAACCUGCCAACUGACCCACAGCUCAAAGAACGUCAAAGCGGCAACAUCAGCAGACGGCUGUCUGGCUUUGAAAAGCAGAUCCAGCCUGUGGUCGCACGUGGCAGCCUAGUAGCCGGAGUGCCAUGUGGUGUUGGGCGUGAUGAGGAGAGUGGGCGUGCCUACAGCACCAAGAGGGGUCCUUUCCAUGAAGUAUUCAACUUGUCUGAGAAUGAGCGCCCCCUACCAGUGUGCGAGCACGGGUGGCGCUGCUGCUUAAUCAACAGGGACAGGAAAAUGCCUACUGACUACAUACGAAAUGGCUACCUCUACGUGACAGAAAACCACUUAUGCUUUGAGAGCUCCAGCUCCCGUUCUACAUCCUCUAAGAAGAAUAAAGUCAUCAAACUCCAAGACAUUACAGACAUUCAGAAGUAUAAGGUUUUGUCAGUAUUGCCUGGAUCUGGAAUGGGAAUCUCAAUAGCCACACCAUCUACACAAAAGCCUCUGGUGUUUGGUGCCAUGAUUCACCGGGACGAAGCCUUUGAGGCCAUCAUCAGCCAGUACACGAAGAUCAUCGGUGCCACCCCCCCUGUCACAGUGACAAACCCGGAAACGUAGAACAUGUGGUGAAGAGUUUUGCUGGAGCUCCAGUUUAAAAAGGAGACUUCAGAGGAGCAGCUUCUUCCACUUCUCCUUCUCCUCCUCGAAGAGGUGCGGAGAUACAGAGAAAGAUUUAAAAAAAAAAAAAAAAACAAGGAAUCCAUUUCCCUUUGGGUGCCUGUGCUAUGUUUUUUAGAAAAGUGUUUUAAACAUGGCUCCUUUGUGAUGAGACGUUUGAACCAGUGUUUAUUGUGUGUCUCAUUUGGGAAUUCACUGAGUACCACUGAAAUGCUAUUAUGGAACAGGAGCUGGUUCUCCUCACAGUUUCUUGACAUAAUUCUAGUCUUAUGUGUCAUUUUUGUGUCCUGUAUAUGAGUCUGGUCACCUAACUUUUAAUCCUGGAGCUGGUUCUUCUUGCCCUUUCUGAGACUACUUCACCUGUGUUUCUCUGUGUUCUGUCAGAUAACAUUUAAUCCCCCUCUCUUUUCUUUCUUUCUUUUAAAAAAAAGAAAUUGUAUCGCUUCUGGCCUUGCACAUGGAGACACGCUGCAGUUUGUGGUGCUGAGAUAUAGGGAAUGCCAGGGCAGAAGCAUCAACUCUUAUGAAGUGUAGCUGCUGCUGCCCCCUUCAGAAGUGCUGAAACACAUAUACCAUGGCCUUUUGCUUUAAACCUCUAUGCUGCAAGCUUAGCUUUUACUUAGAAUUUAUGCUGGAAACUACCGAAAAUCACAAACAACCCCCCUUUUCAAAAUUACAAUCCACACCACUUCCAACUACAACAUGGGAAUAUUUUGUGACAAAUCAGAAUUUUGAUUAUUAUUAAAUGUGAUAAAACAGACAUUUCACAGUGGAACAGUAAGCAACCAGAAUGGUUACUUAUCUUGGCUGCGCUGCAGCUAUAGGCCACACAAUUAUAACAAUCAUAAAUUCAAAUUUAAAUACAGUUCUUCAUGUAUAGAACAAGGAAAUGUGAGAUCUGAGGGCAUCAUUAUGGAAUUUAUUCUUCACUAAGAGGCCACGGAGGAAAAAUAAUUGCAGCAGGAAGGUUGAGGUGGGAUUUUGAUAUGGUGUGGAUUGGUUAAAUUAGAAACAUGUCUGUUCCAUGAAAUGGGCGAGCAAAAACUGAAUCACUUUGAUGGUGAAUUGGGCUUGAAAUCACACUAUAACCUGAUUUCAUUUCACUGCGUGGAGUACAGAGCUGUACGGGGAUGAGAUUUCCUUGCUAUAACAUUGCAUGUGCCAACGUUGUCUCCUCCCAACAGUCUCUCAAUACAUACGUUUCUUUUAUCCUGAAAAACGUUCACUCUUAUAAAUAUACCAAUAUAUAAGGAGUUCAGCUAGCUUACUGUUGUAAAAAUGUGUGUGCCACAUGGUGUAAACUGAUCUCUAUUCCUGUAGUCACUGUGGGAAUAUGUUUGUAUUUGUCCCCACUGUACUGUCUCUGUCCCCGUUCCCAUGCAGCUCUCUAGAGUGUAACUGAUGCACCUUAAUGGUAGUGCACUCUCGUGCUCAUCUUCCGAUAGGGUUAGGAAUGAUAGGGUUAACCUUUCUAAGUAAUCAGUGUUUGCUCUGAAUCACACAUUUUUAUUCAUUGUAAAAGCUCAUACAAUAAGCACAAGUGCACCAUAAAGUCUUAUGAACUGAAUGUGUAGGAGGCGUGAAGGGAUGUGCUGCUCGAGCAUUUUCCUGUUUGCUGUGUAUAUAAUUCUUACCAAACUUGAACUAUUGCGUGCCCCAUGCUGCAGCUAUGCUUCCAUUAACCAACCUAAACCCUUUGCACAAACAAAUGAACUUUUCAUCUACAGUAAAUGUAUAGGCCAUAUAAAGGAAUACACCUCAAAUACUCAACCUAAUAUCUACACAUCGUGUCUGUGCUGUGUGUGCGUGCGAAUUUUCAGAGACAAAAAUGUCAACAUAUUUGUAUGAAAUCCUGAUGAAUUGAAACAUUUUAUAAUGGUUGUCUAAGGGCAGUCAUUAAAUUCUGUCAGCAAAUUUUUUAAAUUCAUGACUAUACCAUUACUAGCAUUAUACUAGCAAUGGUAUUUAUUCAGUUGAUAUCGUCAUAAAGCAGAUUUACAGAAAUACAGUUCAUGUUAAAAGGAAGUUCUGUGCGAUCAUAGUGUGAAUAAGAUAUCUGAGAUGAGCACAAAACUCAAGUUCUUUAUGAUUACUGCAGCAGUUCUUGGGUACAAAUCUACAGUUUCCAUAUGAGAUUAUUCCCUGAAGCAAAGUUGAAUCUUGGGUAUAAACUGUUUUUUUGCAGAUUUUAGAAUGAUGCAGACUUAAAAAACAAAACAAAAAAAACAUCUUAUCAAGUCUUUUCGAGUUCGAGAUUUAUCCAACUUUUGAACAGUGUAGCAGUACACUAAAAUCUAUUUGUUUACAUUCUCGGGUGAAGCACCAUGAUUUUCUAUAAGCUACACCUAUUAUAGUAUUAUCGCUUUACCACAGAUUAUUCCAUCUGAAAAAAUAGUUCCAUGUCAAGUGUGAAAAAUACAGGUUUAAUUUAACAAAAAAAAAUAUCUUUGAAUAGAAUUUGUUAGUGUGAUACAGAAAUAUGAGUUUAGCAUAAACAUUUACUGACUGCCCUUAGACUUCUAUUAUAUGUGAUUUUCAAGUAGUUUUGUUUUCCAUCCUUUACACGGUACAGAGAAAUAAAUGUGCUGAAAUUCUUGUCUAUAGUAGUUGCCCAAAUGUUGCCACAGACGCAGUAAAACAUUUAUUUAAACUUUUUUUUAACAUUAUUAAACUUAUGAUAUUAUUUUUAUAAUUUAUGCAUCCCAAUGUAUUUAACUGUAGCCUCUUCACAAUGGAGUAGGUCUCUCCUACUGCAGUUUCAGUAUGGCUUUCAGAAAAACCUUCUUCAUGCUUUUCUGGGAGACCUCAUUUCUGUAGUCCUUUUCCUUACUACUUGCUAAACCACAUGCCUUUUUUUCCUUUUAUUAAGAAACAAAUUUGUUAUGCCAGCCUGUUAAGGAAAAAAAAAAACUCUCCAUGCUGAUAUCACCUACUAAAGCCUAUGUACUCGACUAGCCACAUGACCCUGUGCAAACCAGCACUUUAUACAAGUAGCAUUGGUGUGUGUGGGUGUGUUGUUUCUGUUCCUACUUCUAUGGCACAUUAGUCUCAUUAAUUAACUUUCUGUGUCUCACUUUGUGCUUUUACUUCUUUUCCUUGCUGUCUUGUUGAAUGGAGUCACCACUGAUUUAACUCUAAAUGUUCAGCGCUGUAACUAAAAGUUUAGGGUUCUUAUAGAGUGUAGAGGCAAUCAGCUAAUACAUCAUUGAAUCGUUUACAGUUUUCAGUUGAGGUUUGAAGCUCUCAGUAAUUAAUGUAGCUUGCAAUUAAUCAUCGGAAUCAUAAGACCUCAGCGAAGAUAGCCAGAUGGCACACUGGAGAAGAAGCACAGAAUUUACUGGAAACAAUUUGCCAAAUAUUAUGUCUGUAUUACUGUUUGUGGUUUGCUAUGCCCUUUACCUGCUCUGUUUACAGGGUUAAAUAGUUGUCUUGGCCUAGUUUGAUCCCUAGAGAGAUUUAGGGGCAUGAGAAUGGGCCCCACUGUUUUUGUGGUAAGUGUCUGUGGUAUUGAAAGGUGCUGAGGGUUUAAAUUGAUUAUUAAAAAUGGGCUGAUACAUUGAUGAGGUUUGGAUUUUGAUUGGUAGGGUUUCUUCUGUCUUCAUCAUUUAGCUCACUCAAGGUGUACAUGUAGGAAAGCUGAUAUUAGGGACCUUCACUUUCACCCUUUUUGAUGUUUUGUUGGACAUUUUAAAAGUUGUUUUGUUUGAUUUGGUUGUCUGUGUUUAUAUGGUUAGCCAAAGACUAACAGUGUUUUUUUUUGUUUGUUUUUUUAAAAUAUGACUUUUUAGUGGAACCAGUUAAGAAAACCAUGUAUAGAACACAAUAAAUCAUUAACCUCAGACCAAUUCAUUGAUGCCGUUUUAAAAACUCGUUGCGCAUGCUGUUAAAUAUUCAUCAUGAUUAUUUUCUUUGAUUUGGAUACUGAGUUUUCAAUGAGUCAGUAAGCUGUAGAGCUGCCCUGUGAUCAAUGAAAGACGAUUUCACACACACAAAAAAUUCAUGUUAAACAAGCCUCUGAACAGUUUUUAAAGUCUAAUAUAAAUGUGUUGUACCUUUUUUCUAUUUAAGUAAAAUAAUUUAACAUA